CAGGUGGAUGGAAGUCAUGGGGGCGAAGUGAAGGUACAGCCUGUAGUGGUUCUUUAUUCUGUGCUGUGGCACAGCUUGAGCACUGCACUCGAGGUCACCUAUAUAUAAUGAGAAUUACUCUCGAAGAUAAGCUCUCUAGACAAACGAGCUGCGGCGUCAACUGACGUCGUCAGUCGCGUCAGUGUCAACCUGACAGAAAGGCCAUGAACUCGCUUAUCCGGUUGGAUGUUGCGGCAUCCCGGCGGCACGAGCAAUGAGGGAAAGUGCUGUGCACCUUUACGGCCUUCAGAUCUGGGAGUGCCGGAAGCAGUGUCGCGGCUAUGUCGAGGACGUGUGCUUCGCCUUCAGGCGAGCUACGCGAGUUCGCGAAUGUCCUUAAUGCUGCCGACGCGGACAGUAUUUACCUCUACCUGCCCAGAAACCUUUCGUCGUGUCACAUGUGCGCUGAGGUUGAAGAGCAGCAUUGGGAACAGAAGAUGAAGCUUCUAGCGGGUUUUCUCAGACGAGAGUCAUUGGACUCCGGCGAUGACGAUGUGCUGAGCAUGAAACCCAUUCCCGCCGAGGCGGGCGGCGCGCUGCGCGGCAUCCUGCGCCGGGACGCUCCGAAGACGAGCCCUGCGUGGCCGGCGCGCCGUCGCCGGGGCCGCCUGGUCACGUUCGCCGACGCGCUGGGCCUGGAGCUGGAGCACGUGCGCCGCCUCGUGCACCGCGUCCGGACGCCGGCCGCCGCGCCGGCCGCCGCGGCGGCCGCCCUCGAAGCCGAAUUCUCGCUGGCCAGCGGGGACGAGCUGCGGCGGCGCGUUCGCCGGGACAAGGUGUGCCUGUGCGCGCUGUCCGUGCGCGAGCUGACGCUGCACGGCACGGUGAGCGUGGCCAACUUGACGUACCACAAGCGCGUGUUCGUGCGCUACACAGCCAACGGGUGGCAGUCGCACGUGGACUGGCCGGCUUCGUACGUGCCGGGCUCGCUGGCUGACGGCGUGGACCAGUUCGAGUUCGCGCUCAGCGUGGCCGACGCGCCGUUGCGCUGCGAGCUGGCCCUCUGCUUCGAGACCGAGGACGGGCGCCGCUUCUGGGACAACAACGGGGGCGCCAACUACCGCUUCCGGCGCUGCGGUCGGCCGGCCGCCGCCGCGCCGCGGGCCGACUACAGGGCGCCGUGCGGAAGCUGGCUACACUGGCUCUGAUUGUGUGCGAAGGGAAACCGGGCGCGCAAACGCCAAGCCUUGUGUGUGCAGUCGAGUGCGAACGUUUAAGGACCAGAGCUGCCGCGAAAUUUCUUUUUUCUUCUCAGCCUAGGCGGAAAGGCUCAAAUCAAGUGUACUGCCCACGUGCGCCUGCUUGACCAGCGCCAUGCUUUUACACAAUUUCACGUUGCAGGCUGUGCUAGCAGGAAUUAUUAUUAUUAUUUUUUUUUUUGCCACAUGCCGUGGUUUCUAGACUUCUGCACUCGACUGUAUGUAUUACCAUUUGCAGAAGAGGACCCGCCGCAGUGGAGUUCUGCUGCUGAGUACGGGGUCUCGGGUUCGGGACGUGGCGGCCGCACUUUGAUGAUGGCGAAAUGCACUUACGUGUAGGUGCUUGUUAAAGAACCCCCCUCUGCCCUCCACUAUGGUCUCCCUCGUAACCUACUGUGCAUAUUGAGGUCGUUAAACCAGUCAAUUUAAGUUUAAUAUCGGAUGCGUCAACAGCAGCGCUGGUGGCGCCAUUUUGUAAUGUUGAGUUCAACCGAGACCGCAUAAAGCGAACAUUGCAAUUUCAUGAUAUUUGCAAAUUAGCUGGUGGCGUAAAGGUGUCCGCGGAAACCAACGUUAAUAAUCUAGUAACGUUGGCGGAAAUAUAAUCACGAAUGUAUAGUGACGCUUUUCGUUCGACUAUGACAUUUUCUUCACAUUAGCGCAACUCAAGUUCCGAGUUGCGCUAAUGUCUAGAAAACGUCACAUGAAAUGUCAACUCGCCCAAACCGCCACCCUUGUGAUCCAUCGACUACAACAGCAGGAAACGCAAUAACGCUUCUGCCACUUUGUAGAUCAACAAACAACCACAAGAUGUGGGUGUCAUCGCUACUGCGACCGUCUAUGUAUACGGACAAGCUAAAGCCCCCUAUUAGAUAGUGUUAGUGUAAAGGGAUCACUGACACACGAUAUGAUGGUGGCUACAUUUACUUCUGCUCGGUGGCGUAUGCCGCAGCGGCACAAGCCGAAGCGUCCAUUCUUUUCGAAAUCCAUUUCAGUUCUCCCUGUUCCAACCUCGUGCUCGCGCUGAUGGCACUCUAACACGCUAUCCGCGAUGGUAAUCUUCGGUGGAAGAUCUGCGGUGAUGAUAGCUGCUGAGUUUUAGCGUGGAAAAUACGUACUGACGUAUGCAUAAACUGGAAUACCGGAGGACAUAAAUGCGAGCAGCAUCGCUAGUGGGGACACUUUGUGACAUUGCGUCGCAGAGCAAUGGCCGACACUGUUCCACUUGUCCCCUGGCGUAAAUGCGCUGACAGUGACAACGCUAUAGCGAGGACAUUGUCAUGCACUUUCAUUUCUUUUUCUCCUAUUUUAUUUAAAGAAAGGAGCCGUGCCCAAUGCGAGAGGUGUUCCUAGAGCGUCGAUCACAGUAUAGCAACAAAUGUUGCCGCUAGCGCGGCUGUUGUCAGACACGUACUGCGGUAUCCCUCUAUACGUCUACGCCUGUAUGUUUCCGCUAUGCUAAAGCCUUCUUUUUGUAACUAGGACUGAGAGACCCAGAACCAGAAAGAGAGGACCUCGGGCCAUAGCGUUGAAAUUACGUGCAUCCACUUGAGAAAAAAAAAAGUACGCUCGUUUGAGCAGUGGUCAACAUGCUCAGUUCCUUCCGGUUCACUCUCUGUUAGCGCGCAUAGACAAUUGCUCGGGAACGCGCAGUGUGUCUUUCAAGUUCAGGGCUUGCGCCCAGUUAGGUUGUGACGAUCGUUCUUUUCUCUUUUCUUUUCUUUCUUUCUUUCUUUCUUUCUUUCUUAAUGCUCUCAAAUCUCUUCGUGCACGGCUGUGCGCACUUACGGAGGAAUGAAAAUUAUAGUUGGUCACCUUACAUUCACAUCAGAUAUAGUAUGACGUACGUUGUGCUGUAUUUGUCUGACGCUCUAUUUUACAAAUUUCUCUCUUCCUUUAUAUGACCCGCCGCGGUGGCUUUGCGGCUAUGGCGUUGUUCUGCUAAGCACCAGGUCGCGGCCGGCUGCAUUUGAAAUAAAUUCUUCGGUUUUAUACGUGCCAAAACCACCAUCUGCUUAUGAGGCACGCCGUCGUGGGGGGACUCGAAACAAUCAUGACCACUUGGGGGUUCUUUAAAGAGCACCCAAAUUAUAAGUACACGGGUGUGUUCGCGUUUCGCCCCCAUCGAAACGCGGCCGCCGUGUCCGUGAUUUGAUUCCGCGACCUCGUACUUAGCAGCGCAACACCAUAGCCGCUAAGCCACUGCGGCGGGUGCGGCUGCAUUUCGAUGGGGGCGAAAUGCAGAAAACGCUCGUGUACCUAAAUUUAGGGGCGCGAUAAAGAACCCCCAGGUGGUCACCGUUAAUCCGUAGCCCCCCCACGGCGUGCCUCAUAAGCAGAUCGUGGGUUUUGCACGUGUAAAACCACAUAAUUUAAUUUUAGGUGUUUACUCUUCGUACAGUGAGUCGAAUGAAGCCAGAGGGGUGGCGAUGGGUAGAGCGACGUGUCUUUUUAUUUGAAACGAUAUUGUUGCUCUAUAUAGUGUUCGUUUUUUUAGCUGCACGAAAUUUUUUUACUCGACGAGGCGCGACCAUUAAUUUUGCAAGAAAUCAAAAUGCUCAAUUGAAUAAUUACCAUAAUUAUGUUAAUUAACUCUUUAAGUCAUUACUUUACGGCACAUAUUUCAAUCUCCGAAUAGUAGCUAGUGAGUAUGCAAGGCAUAUCGACUUGGAACGAAUUCUGAGAUAUGCGCCGUCAAGCUUCCAGUAAAAAAUGCACUAUUGUUCUACUUAGGUUAUAAAGAAAACGCUGUUUUAUGCAUUCAGUCACAAAAGUAACUGUAACGCCAAUGCAUUUCGUCGUAUCCUUUGCAAAUUAAUUCAUAGAAAUUGGGGUAGUUCUGAGAAUUUGUUCCAAGUGGAUACGCCUCGCAAGCUCACUGACUACAAGUCGUCAAUUUAGAUAUAUGCUGCAGACUAAUUAAUUGGAAAGUUAAUUAGUGUAACUAUUUUAGUUCAAUUAAACAUUCUGAUUUGUUGAAAAAAUGGCCUCCUCAUCGAGUAAUUGACAUCAAAGGUUGUAAUUGUAUUACGUGUCAUAGGCGAUUUUUAAAAAUUUGGUGCAGCUAAAAAAACACCUGGUAUAUGUUAGGGUGCUGCUUCGAGACUUCAUGUACUCUUCUUUUUUUUUGUCUGCAGUAAAAUGUCUAUUGUUUGCUCAGGUCUAAUACCGCAAUUUACUUUUAUCUAUCUUCUUUUUUCGCAUGAUUUCUUUUUUGUUUCUUAAAUUCCUUUUUUUUUAAAUUGUAUGUAUAAUUGGCUUCAAGGCUAACCAGCUUCGCUUGUGUGAAUAUAUA